UCUGGCAGCAACUCUGCCCCCUUCUCACUUCCUCUCCCCCCUGGCGCUUGGGCCGGAGAGAGGGCGAGGCGCUCCCGCUCGGCCCUACGGAAGGGGAUCAGUGCUAGUGCCUGCCCCUCUCGCUGCAGCCGGAGUCUGUGCGGGGCGCCGAACAUGGAGGGCUACAGGCUCUUCCUCGUGCUGCUGGUGUCGGCGCUGCUGUUUGGCUUCCUCUCCGUGCUCUUCGCCCUCGUCUGGGUCUUUCAUUACCGGGAGGGGCUCGGCUGGGACGGGGGCUCGGCGGAGUUCAACUGGCACCCGGUUCUCAUCACCACUGGCUUCAUCUUCAUCCAGGGAAUUGCUAUUAUUGUGUACAGAUUGCCCUGGACCUGGAAAUGCAGCAAACUCCUGAUUAAAUUCAUCCAUGCUGGGUUAAAUACCAUAGCAAUGAUUCUUGCAAUUGUUUCUCUGGUAGCUGUUUUUGAUUUCCACAAUGCCAAGAACAUUCCCAACAUGUACAGUCUGCACAGCUGGAUUGGACUGACUGCUGUUAUAUUUUAUUCUCUGCAGCUUGUCUUAGGUUUUGCUGUCUUCCUGCUGCCCUUUGCUCCAGCUUCUCUUCGUGCAUCUCUCAUGCCAAUACAUAUUUAUUCUGGCCUCCUCAUCUUUGCAACAGUGAUUGCAACAGCUCUCAUGGGAUUCACAGAGAAACUUAUUUUUGCUCUGAAAAAUCCUGCAUAUAGCACAUCUCCACCAGAGGCGAUUCUUGUCAACACUCUUGGUUUUUUGGUUUUAAUCUUUGGUGCUCUUAUUUUGUGGAUGGCAACAAGACCCCACUGGAAGCGCCCACCAGAACAGAAUUCUAAAAUCCAGCAACCAAAUGGAGGGACACCUGAAGGUACAGAAGAAGAAUCCACUAUGACAGACUGCAGCAAUACAGAUAAAUCUGAUGUGGAGUUCAAUAGUGAAGCAGCAGCCAGAAAACGAAACCUCAAAUUAGAUGAGGUAGGACAACGAUCUACAAUGUAAAGGGAGUACACAGAAUUGCUGUGGUCUUGCAUUUAAAUAAAGUUAUUCAUAUCCAGCUACUGAUUACAUUUAAACAGAAUUUCUAUCAGGCUUGCUUAAUGCAGUUCAAUUUUUCACAUAUCUAGUAUGAGCUGAAAAGGUCUCUAAAAUUCAGUAAAACCUACAUUUGUCAUGUCAUUCCUUAAUGUAUCUCUGUUUAAAAGAAUUGAGGACUGGAAUGAAAAAAACAUGGUGAGAAAUUUAAGAAAAAUGUAGUAUGUUUGCAGUAACUAUGGAGUUUAAAAAAGCAUCUAAGAUAAGGUGUAAAAAUUAUUUUCCCAUUAAAUUAUCAGUUAUUUCUAUGCUGUUCACCAGUUUCCUUAGCUAGUUAUUAUAACUGGCAUGAAAUGCUGCCCUGAGUUAUGCUGUGAAUAGGCAUGGAUGAGCAUUGUAUAUGCACAACAGAGCACAGAAUUUAUCCAUUAGCACAAGCCUAUUCUGUUAUUGUUUCACUUUGUUAAGGGCCCGAUUGCUCAAAAUGAUGAGCAUUCUCAAUUUCCACUGAAGUCCACGAGAGCUGAGGUCACUCACUAUAUUUCAGAAUCCUUCUGUAUACGUUUUUUGCCAACAUUUUGAAAUUAGGAAAGAAACAAAACAGAAUUUUUAUUGAAAUUUUCAUUAAAAUGUUAUGGUUUUGACCAACUUUUCCCAUUUAUUAUUUUAAUGAGAAUUCAUCAACAGUUUGAAUUUGUUCUAAACCAGCUCUAGUAUAUGUAUAGAUUUGUAGCUAUCAUCCACUCUUGGAUACACGGGAUUGCUACUGAAAUCCAUGGGAGCUACAAGUAAAUAUCUAAGGACAGCUUUUAACCUGUCUUGAAAUGUAUGCAGCUUUUUGCAUUCACUUCGUUAUAGAAUUACAAAAACUGUUGAGUCAUUAAAUUCAUCCCUUUUUCUUGCCCUCAGGAAGGAGCAGAAUAUUGCUCUUUGAUGCAUUAUUACUACAAAAAGUAGUCAAUAUAAUGGUCUUCUGUUGAUACAGUUUUUAGUAGUUAAAUUCCUGGACUGUCAUUGCUCAUUAAAAGUGCUGUCAUAUGGGUGGAAGUUGGGUAAAUAUUGCAUUUUAUUAAUAUCUGCAGAACUGACUUAAAUGGGGCCUGUGUCUUGUGUAGUCUUACCUUAAUCUUUGUAUUCAUGUCCAUCAGUGUGAAAGAAGCUAUUUGCAGAUAUUUGCAUGUAUACUUGCAUGUAUAUGCAACCACACUUAAAUUGCGGCCCUCAGCAUGUGCUAUGAGUAUCAUUGUGGCCCCCUUGGCUUCCAAAGUUGAGUAGCCCUGGUCUAGAAGAAUAAGACAAGGAAAGCAAUGUCUAAUGGUUUAAACAGGGGAGUAAAAAUUGGGACAUAAAGGCUGUGUCUGCAUUGCAGUCAGAAACCAGUGGUUAGUCUGUGCCAGUUGACUUAGGUUAGCAGGGCCUGUGCUAAGGGACUGUUUAAGUGUGGGGCAGACUGUUGGCAUGGCCUAGCAACAGGUUUUUAAUUACGGUGUUGACAUACAUAGAUUCUGUACCCAGUGCUAUCACUGGCUCCUUCUAAUUUUAGGCAAACCAUAUAACUUCUGUCUUACUUUCCUCAUUUGUAAACUGAACAUUUACACAAUGCUUAACUUAGACAAUUAAUUUAAUGUUAGUAAGGUUCUAUAGCGCCUUCUGACAAUCAGUAUUAAUGCAUUACUUUCAUCUAAAUUCUCUCCCAGAUAUAAAAAUAGACAUUGCUUUUGCUUACUUUAAUCACUCUAGAAGAAUGGAAAACUACUCUCAUAGAAAUAUAAUUAUAGUGGAUGGCUUUAUAUGAUUUUGAGUGUCUAAAGUGAUUAGCAUUUCUCUUGUAAAUUCGUCAACUCUUAUAAGUGGAUUACUUUUGCAAUGCAAGUUUCUAGACCUAAAAUCAUUUUGAUAAGUGGCAUAACUACUUCAUGUUUGCCACUAUUCAUGUUGCAAAGAGCUCUGGACUAGUGCUUUGGGAACUACAUGACUUUCUAUUUCUUCUGAAGACUAUUUUCAUUUUGAUUUAUUUUUCUGCUUCUCACAUAUAUUUAAACAUAUUACGAUCCCAUGAAUAUUCUAAUCUUUCUUGCUCACAGUGAUGCAUUGCUAUACAUAGUUUUGAUUACUUAUUGUUAUUUUAGGUUUCUUUGGGUCAUGAGUGUGAGCCUGUAAUUACAUUUAAUCAUUUGAAUACAAGAAAAGCUAGAAUAUUAAUUCUUAGGAAAAGUUCUUUAUAGUUAUGUUUUGGUAAACAAGUAUAUCUUAAGUUUCCAUAUCACUUACAUACAUGUGUGACAUGGUCAGAUCACCCAUCCUAUUCUUUGUAAAAGAGAAGGCUUGGUGUAUGUGUGGGGUAUAGGGGUCUGGGACUGUGAGGAGUGGCUCAGGACAGGGGUGGACUCACAGUAUGCCGCUAGGAGCCUGACAUCAGCUGGGGACCCCAGCAAACCAGGGAACUCCCCAGCUGAUCCUGGGUUCUGGGGAAAAUGCCGCGGGGAGCCCAGCCUCCACAGAAGUUGCCCUUUGAAAUGUGUGGCAGCGACGUUUUAAUGGGGCAGCGACUGCACAGCUGAUCCGCCUCUGAUAUUGCAAAGGGGCCACUGCCGUGGAGCCCAGGGUCAGCUGGGAACUCCCAGCUGACCCUGGACUCCCCGCGGCAUUUCCCCAGAACCUGGAAUCAGCUGGGGAACCCGCUGACCCCAGGCUCCAUGGCUGCCCCUUUGAAAUGCGCAGAGGUGGUGUUUUAAAGGGGCAGCCUGCCGCAUAGCUGAUCCAUGGAUCAGCUGUGCAGCGGCCACCUUGGAGUUUCAAAGUGUGGAUCAGCUGUGCGGUGCUGCCACUUUGAAGUAUUCCUUUCCCUCCCUUUGCUGCCUCUAUGUCAUAGAGGUAGCAUGCGGGGGGGAAGGAUAUCGACUAGUCAAUUAGUCAAAAGACUAUCCGAUAAGCAAAUGCUUAUUGGAUAAUCGACUAGUCAACUAGUCUUUAACAUCCCUAGACUGAAGCAGUGCCAGACUAGUGGGGGGGUGCACCCCCUGCUGGCCCCCUUAGCCUUUCUGGCUGUUUGCUGCUUAGUUUGACAACCUGCAGGAGAGCCCCAGGAGCCCAGCUGGAAGCACACCACACUUCAAUCUGCAACUGAAUGCCCCAGCUAGCUGUCUCCUCCUUGUCAGAGCAGCACAUUGGGCUACACCAACUUACUUUCACCUCUGGUUAUGAUGAGAGAAAAAUUGAGGAAAAGUGGCACAGCACUUGUGAAAGUUCACUGUGACCAAUUUACAUGUCCUUGAAGUAACUGCAUCCUAUUAUGACUGUAGAAAUUACACAAUAGAAAGGAACGAUAAGGGUAACUUACACAAUGUGUUUUGUGACUUUUUUCAUAAUCUGAUAAAUCUACAAUGUUUUUGAAGGAUUGAUUCAGUGAGCAAUUAUAAGGCCCUUAAUUAAACAAAACAAAAACAUCAAGAUACUUUAGUGCUUAUGAAAGGUGCCAUCUUAAUAACUUUGGAGGCUAUAUUCCUAUU